AUGUGGCACAACGUGGGGCUGACCCUGCUGGUGUUCGUGGCCACGCUGCUGAUCGUGCUGCUGCUGAUGGUGUGCGGUUGGUAUUUUGUUUGGCAUCUUUUUUUGUCAAAAUUCAAGUUUCUUCGGGAACUGGUGGGAGACACUGGAUCCCAGGAGGGAGACCGUGAGCCUUCAGGGUCUGAGACUGAAGAAGAUGCUUCACCGUCUCCGCACAGGAUCAGGUCCGCUCGCCAGAGGAGAGCCCCUGCAGAUGAAGGCCACUGA